AUGUCCUCCCCGGCGAGCAGACGGAACAGCUGCCGAGGAGUCGCAGCUGGAAGCAGAGCGUCGUCGGAGGGCCACCCUGGCCGCCGCCGGGCUUACAGCUGCCCUUACAUCUCCUCCAGAGCGCAAGCCGAGGACUUCUCCGUCAGUCUGAGCCAGCCGAUGUUUGCUUUAACGCUUCGGUUCCUGUUGGCAGUGGAUCUGUGGCUGUCCAAGAGGCUCGGAGUGUGCGCCUGCGAGGAGUCACCGUGGGGCAGCAUACGACCCCUAGUGCGGCUGGUGGAGUUCUCCGGGCAUGUCAUCCCGUGGCUCGUCGGCACCGUGUACACUCUGCUCCGUGGGGAGCAGGAGCUUAUGCUGAAUUUAACGCUGGCUGUAAUUCUGGACCUGCUGCUGGUCAGAGGCAUUAAGACCCUGGUGAGACGCCGAACACCCAUUCAGGACCGCUCUGAUAUCCUCUCAGCCUUCUUCGUGGAGCGCUACUCCUUCCCCUCGGGCCAUGCCUCGAGGGCGGGCAUGUGCGCCCGUUUCUUCCUCGCCCAGCUGGCAGACACAGCCUCCAUGAGGGUCCUGGUGGUGAGCUGGGCUGUCCUAGUGAGCCUGUCCCGGCUGCUGCUCGCCAGGCACUAUGUGACGGAUGUGGGCUUUGGUUUGGCUAUGGGUUACUGCCAGUACAGUGUGGUGGAGAGGUUCUGGGUGACUUGGGACUGCCUGCAUGACCUGCUGUUCAUUCAACUGAGAGAGAGCCUGGACCGGGCUUAUGAUAGACUAUGGAUGGUGGAUUGGAAACAUUAGGUCAGAUGUGUGUGUGUGUUUGUGUGUGUGUGUGUAUGUAUGUGUCUGUAUGUAUGUGUGUGUCAGCCUUUGUGGUGGGAAAAUGUGUAGCCUGUUUAUAUUCAAACGCAAAAAUCCUGCUGAACCUUUUUCAAAUAAAGUCACUUAUGUGCCGUUCUGG